GAUUUUAAUAAAUUAUGAGUAAAAAGGACCUUGAAAUCACAGUAGGAUGUAAUGAAAUUAAAUAUAUAAAAUAGAAAUUAGAAAGGCUAUUCCUUAACAUUUAUUUUAGAAGAACGAAUUAAGAUUUUUAGUUUCUGUAGGCUAAGCUGUUAGUUGCACAUUAUUAUUAACAUAUCUAGCUUAUAAUUAUAUUCCCUUGACUUGGUUAGCUCUACCAAUUUGGGUGGCAUAUGCCUUUUUAACGGGAACUGUGGCUACAGGAAUAUGUAAAUUUUUAAUUGAAAUUUAGGGGUUCUUGGUCAUGAAUGCGGGCAUUUUGCAUUUUCAGACAUCAAAUGGUUAAAUGAUGUAUUGGGAUUUAUAUUACAUGAAAUAUUGCUAGUACCAUAUUUUUCAUGGUAACAUUCUCAUGCUCUUCACCAUGCUAAGACAAAUCAUUUAACAGAAGGCGAAACACACAAUCCAGUCAUUAUUGAUUCAAAGAUGGGGAAAAUAUAUUAAAAAAUGAAGGAUAUAUUGGGAGUGGAAUCUUUUGCUUGUGUUUAGAUAUUCAACAUAGCAGUAUUGGGAUGGCCUCUUUAUCUGUUACUUGGUGUUACAGGAGGAUCAGCAAGAGGAUUUACUAGUCAUUUUAUUGUACCAAAUAAGUUGUUCCCACCAAAAAUGUUAGUUAAAGUUACUGCUUCAAAUAUUGGAUUGUGUUUAGUUAUUUAUGGACUUUAUAAAUGGUAUUAAGCAACAUCAUUUGCUGAAGUUAUGGCUUUAUAUAUUGGUCCUUAUUUAGUUGUAAACAUGUGGUUAACUAUUAUCACAUUUUUGUAACACACAGAUGCAGAUGUCCCUCAUUAUGAUGAAACCGCCUGGACAUGGUUAAAAGGUUCUUUUAUAAAUUUAUUUUAGGUGCCUUGUGUACUAUUGACAGAAAUUACCCAUUGUGGAUUGAUUCUUUACAUUUCGAAAUUGGUACUACUCAUGUAGUUCAUCAUGUCUUUUCAGAAUUACCUCAUUACAAUGCAAGGGUAAUUUUUGAUCUUAAUGAAUUUACAGGAAGCCAAUGUUUAUGUUAAAUAAGUUAUUGGUGAUUUGUAUAAUCAAGAUGCCAAAAAAUUAUGGACAUCCCUUUACAAUUCUGCCAGUCUUGUUGGUGUAGAACACAAAGGAAAUGGAGUUUGGAAAUUUGCUAAGGCUUGAUUAUCAUAAAUUAUAUAUAUAUUUCCAUACAUAAAUUAACAUCAUAUAUU